AUGCCUAGGAUCGAAUACGAGCCUAAGCUCGAUUUCAAGGAUGUCAUGCUUCGUCCAAAAAGAUCUACGUUGAAAAGCCGCGCUGAUGUCGAUCUUGAUCGAACUUAUGAGUUUCGCAACUCGAAGGCAUCUUACACUGGAAUUCCAGUUGUCGCUUCGAAUAUGGAUACUGUUGGAACAUUCGAAAUGGCUAAUGCCUUGAACGGACAUAAGAUGUUCACCACUAUCCAUAAGCACUAUUCGAUUGAGCAAUGGAAGGAAUUUGCCGCCAAUGCUGACCCAUCAAUUUUCGAGAACAUUGCUGUUUCCAGCGGAAUCUCGGACAAUGAUUGGACGAAGCUCAACGCCGUUAUCACUGAGCUCCCACAACUCAAGUACAUCUGUCUUGAUGUUGCUAAUGGAUACUCCGAAUCAUUCGUCGACUUCAUUCGCCGGGUUCGUGAAGCGUAUCCAAACCAUACCAUCAUGGCCGGUAAUGUGGUUACUGGCGAGAUGGUUGAAGAACUCAUUCUCUCUGGAGCCGAUAUCGUCAAAGUCGGAAUUGGACCGGGAUCGGUUUGCACAACUCGCAAGAAGGCUGGAGUUGGAUACCCUCAACUGAGUGCUGUUCUUGAAUGCGCUGACGCUGCUCAUGGACUCAACGGUCAUGUCAUGAGCGACGGAGGUUGCACCAACCCCGGAGAUGUCGCCAAGGCUUUCGGAGCUGGAGCUGACUUUGUUAUGAUCGGUGGACUCUUCGCUGGUCACGACCAAAGCGGAGGUGAUUUGAUCGAAAAGGACGGAAAGAAGUUCAAACUCUUCUAUGGAAUGAGCUCCGAUACCGCGAUGAAGAAGCACCACGGAAGCGUCGCAGAAUAUCGCGCUUCUGAAGGAAAGACAAUCACGAUUCCAUACAGAGGAGACGUGAACGGAACUGUUCUAGACAUUCUUGGAGGUAUCCGCUCCGCAUGUACGUACACUGGAUCCAAGCAAUUGAAGGAGCUUGCGAAGAGAGCGACAUUCAUCCGUGUUACCCAGCAAACCAACGAUAUGUAUGUGCCAUUCGAAGUGCCGGCGGUUCCAGCCCAAGCGAAAUCAAACUAA